UCUCAGGGCCAAUCUUCCUCACCAAAAAAAGAAGCCCCAAAUUGAAUAUAAUUACCAGUAUUUGUAGUAUCUUUUUAAAAAUUGUUUUUUGAUGUUAUAGAGACAUCUUGAUGUAAGACUUUUAAUUAAAAGAAUACAACUUCCAGAUCCAAUGAAGAUUAUAUUAAAUCACAUUUUCAUAAUUAUCAUUGUGCUCAUUUUUAAGUUUUAUUUCAACCUCAGUGUUCUUCAGUCUUCCUAUUUUAAACCAAUGGUCCAUUAUGGAUAAAUGUUAAAUAACGUACAUCUAAGAAUAAAGUAUUUGUCUCCGUGUAAUGGACAAAGUCAACAUUGAUUAGAAAAUAAGAUUCAAGCUCCUCAACAAGGUCCUCAUUGGGGAGCUGCCUGUCUACCUUGUGUUUCUCUCCAGCCUCAUUUCCCCCCACCUUGUACUGUUCGCUCCUGCAGAACUGAAGAGUUCACACUUCUUCACUUCCACCCUGCUCUUUCUUGACCAUGUGCUGUCUCUAACGCUGCUCUCUUUUCCUGCUGAUGCCCAUUCUCCUUUUUCAACCUGGAAAAUUUCUGGUUAUCCUCCAAGACAGCUCAGACAAUAUUUGUUGCAGGAAGUUUCUCCUAAUUUUCUCUCUUUGGGCACAAUACCCCCUCUUCACCACCUGUGAAUACUUUCAUCUCUGCACAUACCGCAGUAUACUGAAAUUAUCUGUUUACCAAUUUGCAUCCCAAAAUAAAUUCAAAAGCCGAGAUACAUAGUAACUCCAUCAUCUAGCACGGUGCUUGUCACAGCAGGAGCACCACAGCAGGUGUUCAAUAAAUGUUAGUUAGAAAUAAGCGAACUGUUGGUUGAGUGAGAUUUCUUUCUCACUCUGAAAUUUGCUUCUCUAAGAUGUUUUAGUCUCCAGACAUACUGGUUGAUUUGAUCCAAUUAAAAGAAUUCUGCAUUCCCAAUUUCCCUUCUAUUUAAGACAUAUUUUACAGUGAGUUUUCCUCUAAUGUCAGGUCCAUUUUUUCUGUUCUCCUUCAGUUUGGAAGUUUUAUAUUUUAUUUCUUAGAACAUCCUUGCAGUGGACUGAAUGUCUGUGUCCCCCAUAAAUUCGUAUGUUGAAAUCCUAAUCCCAAUUUGAUGGCAUUUGGAGGUGGAGCUCUGGGGAGGUAGUGAGGUCGUAAGUGUGAAGCCUUCAUGAAUGGAAUUGGUGCCCUUAUAAGAAGAGAGCAGAGAGCUAGUCAGCUCUCUUCCCAUAUGAAGACACACUGAGAAGUUGGCCAUCACCCAGAGAGGGCCCUCACCAGAACCUGACCACGCUGGCGCCCCACUGCAGGACUUCUGGCCUCCGGAACUUCAGUACACUUUGGGCAGCAAUGCGCAGUCUAGUUCCGUCGAACAGAAGAAGGGGAAAUUCCCAAUCUGGCCAGAAUGGAGUGAAGCUGACAUAAACGCAGAAAAGUGGGACGCAGGCAAAGGUGGAAAAGAAAAGGACAAAAUGGGGAAAAGCCCCAUAUUUCAUUUUUUUGAAGAUCCUGAAGGAAAGAUUGAAUUACCACCAUCACUGAAAAUUUAUUCCUGGAAACGUCCACAGGAUUUUUUAAUUAAUCGGGUUCCCGUAGUUGUGAAAAAUGAAAUCCUGUUUGACUUGUUUUCAGCAAAUGAGCAUUUACUCUGCAGUGAGCUGAUGCGAUGGAUUAUCAGUGAAAUCUAUGCUGUGUGGAAGAUCUUCAACGCUGGCGUGUUGAGCAAUUAUUUUAAAGGGACUGUAGGGGAGCCCCCCCUUCUCAUCUGGAAGCCCUGGGAACACAUAUAUUCUCUGUGCAAGGCUGUAAAGGGCCACAUGCCUCUGUUCAAUAGUUAUGGAAAGUAUGUUGUGAAACUUUACUGGAUGGGUUGCUGGAGAAAGAUAACUGUUGAUGACUUUCUGCCUUUUGAUGAAGAUAACAAUCUGUUGCUUCCAGCUACAACCUGUGAAUUUGAACUCUGGCCAAUGCUUCUGUCUAAAGCUAUCAUUAAACUGGCAAAUGUUGACAUCCAUGCAGCCGAGAGGCGAGAACUGGGCGAGUUCACGGUUAUUCAUGCUCUCACAGGGUGGCUACCAGAAGUCAUUUCUCUCCACCCAGGAUAUAAGGACAAAGUUUGGGAGCUCUUGAAAGAAAUAUUGCCUGAAUUUAAGCUGUCAGAUGAGUCCAGCUCUGAAAGCAAAAUAACAGUGGUAGAUACCAAAUUAAAAGAACCAGCGAAGGAAGUGAAAGAUGGCAAAGAAUUCAAACCUGAAAGCUCAGUGACAACACUAAAGACACCUGAAAAAAGUGACAAAAUUCCAAAGGAGAAAGCAGAUGCGAAAGACCUUGGGAAGAAGCGGAGUAAAGAUGGAGAAAAGGAAAAGGAAAAGGACAAAUUCAAAUGGUCGCUGCACGGCUCCCGGCCCUCGUCAGACGUCCAGCACUCUCUGCUGUCUCUGUCAGACUGUUCUUCAGGAAUGCAGGCCCCUCACAUGGUUGUGUAUGCUACCUUUACACCUCUCUAUUUGUUUGAAAAGAAGAUCUUCUCCUUAGAGAAGAUGGCCGAUUCUGCGGAGAAGCUGAGAGAGUACGGGCUUUCCCACAUCUGUAGCCACCCUGUGCUGGUGACCAGAACCAGGUCUUGCCCGCUAAUAGCACCACCAAAGUCACCUCUUGUCCCUCCCUGGAAACUCUUCCGUCAGAAAAAAGAAAGGGUCAUAACAGAUGAGCCUCAAGAAUUGGUAAUAAAGAAGCCUGAGCAGUUUCUUGAGAUUUCAAGUCCGUUUUUGAAUUAUAGAAUGACUCCGUUUCCAAUUCCAACAGAAACUCAGUUUGUAAAAUCUUUUAUUAAGAAAGGGGUGGCUCCAAGAUCUAGUCUAUUUUCCCUUACUGAAAAUGAAGAAACUGCCACCCUCAGCCAGACAGACUUAAGUCAAUUGACGGCAACUGCGUCUCAGGGUAAUCUUGCUUCACAAGUUACAUCUGGAAAAGAUGAACUAACAGACCUUGGAAUGAAUGACGCAGCUCAUCAAGCUGAGGGAGUCGGUUUAGAAAGAGAUUUGGUCAGCCAGGUGACAGAGUCACAGGAAAAGUCACAGGAGGACCUUAUAGCAAUAAAUAAUGGUGUUUCUAAAGAAAUAUGGUUAGAUUUUGAAGACUUUUGUGUAUGCUUUCAGAAUAUAUGUAUUUUCCACAGGCCAAGUUCAUAUUGCUUGACCUUUCAAAAAACAGAAUUCAAGUUCUCGGAUGAACGUGUGUCCUACUAUCUGUUUGUGGAUAGUCUAAAACCUAUUGAACUACUGGUUUGUUUUUCUGCAUUGGUCCGCUGGGGAGAAUCUGGAGCUUUAACAAAAGACAGCCCUCCCGUAGAGCCUGGACUACUUAUAGCUGAGACAGUUUCUUGGAAAUCUCUGAAGCCAGGCAAUCUGGUUCUGAAGAUUCAUACCUAUGCCACCAAGGCUACCAUUGUUCGCCUGCCUGUCGGGAGGCACAUGCUGCUCUUCACUGCCUACUCCCCGGUGGGGCAUUCCAUAAACAUCUGCAGCAUGAUGACUUUCGUCGUUGGGGAUGAAGAUGUCGUGCUACCUAACUUCGAGCCGGAGAGCUACCGAUUCGCAGAGCAGUCGCUAACCAUUUUGAAAGCUGUCGGAAAUGUGAUCGCUCAUUUCAAAGAUAAGCGCAAACUUCCCAGAGCUCUGAGGGAUCUGCAAACAGCUCACUACCCUUUGCCCCUCCGUGACAAGGAGCUAACUGCCCAGCACUUCAGGGUUUUUCAUAUUUCUUUAUGGCGUUUACUGAAAAAAACUCAAAUAACAAAACCUCUUGCAAACUUCAAAUUUGCAUUCCGUGCCAUGGUUCUGGACUUGGACUUACUUGAUUCCUCCUUGGAAGAUGUUUCUUUAGCGGAAUGGGUAGACGUUAAAUAUUCUGUGCCAGCGAGUGAUAAAGAGUAUUCUCCUGAGGAAGUAGCAGCAGCAAUUAAAAUUCAAGCCAUGUGGAGAGGGUCUUACGUCAGAUUGCUUAUGAAAGCUAGGACACCAGACACAAAAGAAAAUACCAGUGUUGCAGACACUCUUCAGAAAGUUUGGGCUGUCCUGGAACUGAAUGCAGAACAGUAUGCAAUUUCUCUCUUAAGACUAAUGUUUAAAAGCAAAUGCAAGUCUAUGGAAUCUUAUCCAUGCUAUCAAGAUGAAGAAACAAAGAUUGCUUUUGCUGACUAUACCGUGACAUAUCCUGACCAGCCACCAAAUAGUUGGUUUAUAGUAUUCAGAGAAACAUUUUUGUUUCCUCAAGAUAUGAUUUUGGUUCCCAAAGUAUAUACUACACUUCCAGUUUGCAUGCUCCACGUUGUUAAUAAUGACACAAUGGAACAAGUGCCAAAGGUAUUCCAAAAAGUGGUGCCAUAUCUUUAUACCAAAAACAAGAAAGGAUACACAUUCGUGGGUGAAGCAUAUACUGGAGACUCGUAUGUAUCAUCCUCACGAUGGAAACUGCGCCUCAUUGGUCCUUAUAAUCCACUCCCGUGCCUCUCUCGAGACUCUCCAUGCAACACCUUUACCAUAAAGGAAAUCAGAGAUUACUACAUACCCAACGAUAAGAAAAUUUUAUUCAGGUAUUCGGUUAAAGUUGCUUUACCACAUCCUGUUACAGUACACGUACGUACCUCCAAACCAGAUGCAUUCAUCAAGCUACAGAUUCUAGAAAAUGAAGAAACUAUAGUGAGCUCCACCGGGAAAGGCCAAGCCUUAAUCCCAGCAAUUAACAUCUUGGGAAAUGAAAAAACUGUGAGCUCCCAGUCUAGCAAGCAAGUUCUUUUAACCCAUGCUUCACCCAAGAAAGAGCAAGAAUUGUUAGCUAAGAAGAAAUCUGCCCCAGGAAGUCAGAAGUCCUAUAAGGGCAAACCUGGAAGUGCAGUGGUGGACAGUGGCCAGCCUAUUUUGGACGAGGAAUCUGUCAGUUUGCCCACUGUGGAAGAAAAUGCUAGUACGCCACAGCAGGUUUACAAGUACAUCAUACAGUGUUUGGUGUUAUAUAACAGCUGGCCUCUCACUGAAAGUCAACUGACGUUUGUUCAAGCACUGAAAGAGUUAGAGAAAAGUGAUAGCAAAGCUCAUGGAGAAAAACAUGAGGAAUUAAUUACCUUGGGAAGCCCAGAUUCCCAUGCUAUCAGUGAGGGGCAAAAAUCUUCAGGAACUUCCAAAACAACAAGAAAAGGCAAAGAAAAGUCAUCUGAGAAAGAAAAGACAGCCAAAGAAAAACAAGCACCUCGCUUUGAGCCUCAGCAGAUGUCCACUGCCCACUCUCAACAAGAAGACCCAAAUAAACCCUACUGGAUUCUGCGGUUGGUCACUGAACACGGUGAAGCAGAUUCUUUUGAAGUGAAAAAAGAUACCGAACGAGCAGAUGAAAUCCGAGCCAUGAAGCAAGCCUGGGAGUCGGCUGAGCCAGGAAGAGCAAUCAAGGCUUCUCAGGCUCGUCUGCAUUACCUCAGCCGGAUAUUUAAGAAAAUUCCUGAUUUUGAGAGCAUGCCUGUGUGUGAAAGUCAAACCAGAGCAGGGGAAGAAGGUCAGUGGAGUCUGCCCAGCUGCCUUGGAGCACAGAGCUGUUCCGUGCACCUCUUAGAAGAUAGUCAACAAGUCAUGCUUGAAACAUCUGCAGGUGCCACAAAAGAGCCAGAGGCAAAGUAUUCCUUGAAUUCGGAGGCAAAAGAGAGCACAGCAUUAGGGAGUAUGCUAUGGAAGAAGUGGCAACUAACCACGGGCUUGAAGGAUCUGGCAAAAUCGAUGAACACUGAAAGUGGAGGAGGGUUUCCAGGAGGGAAGGAGGAGCGAGAGCAGAGCCAGCGGAAGGAAAACAUGGGGCCUCAUUUACGAUCCCCAACUCUUUUGGAAAUAUCUCCUCAACUUAUUCGAAAAGAGCUAGAAUGUGUGGACUUAACUCAAUAUGUUCGGAAAACAAAUACUGAGCCUAUGCUGCAAACAGAGGAACUAAACCAACAGGAAGCGAUGCAAAAAGCAGAGGAGGUCCAUCAGUUUCGAGAGUACAGGGCGAGAAUCCUCAGCAUUCGAGACAUUGACCAGGAAGAACGAGUGAAGUCGAAGGAUAAAGUCCUGGAGAUGUAUGGCGAGAUGAGGGACUCCUUAGACGAAGCCCGACAUAAAAUCUUCACCAUCCGGGACGAGUAUAGAAAUAAGCUGCUGGAAGCUGAGCGCCUGAGGUUGGAGGCGCUGGCUGCGGAGGAAGCAGCGAUGAAGGUGGAGCCGGAAAAGAAGAUCCCAGCCCCUGACGCACAGAAAAAAAAGAAAGGAAAGAAAAAGUAGCCAGGAGUUGCUGAAUACUACCUUUCUUCUUCCGAAGAAGACCCUACUUUUAAUGAUCAAUAACUUCGCUCGUUGAUAAGCUAUUAGGCUAAUUGAAAAUAGAAGUUUUCCUACCCUAAAAAUAAUUUCUGCAUUUUAAUGUUAAUUUGUUAUUUUUUCUCAGAAAAGUAUUAUUUGAAGCCGAGUAUAAAUUUUUCUAAUUUCAAUAAAAAUUGCCUCCAAAUACUUAGAUGUAAUAAAAUUUAUAUGACUUGCUUUGAAUUGCUGCGUUUGUAAUUAGUACUAAAACAAAAUCAUAAUGGAGCCAACAGGAUUGACUUUGAAAAAGUUAAUAAUGAGGAAAAUAGCUAUUGUUAUUGGAGAAAAUUUUGUCUCGAAAGACUUUAAAAUAUUAAAAUAUAUGCUUCAGA